AUGCCGCAUCAGGGCGUGCAGACUGUGGACGCCUGCAAGUACCUUUGCUAUGCAGAGCCUCAGUGCCAGGGCAUCCAGUACAUGGACGACGGAGGCGACUGCAAGGUGUGGAUUCGACCGGCAGGCAUUGAGGCCACGAGCGCCUCCCCCGGCUCCCUGUGUCUUCGCCUGGAAUUCGUCUCGGCAGACCCCUCCGCGGGCGAUGCUGCAUGCCGCGGCAGUCACGCUUCGGACAACAACCCUGCCAAUUACUUUUUGGCGGGUGGCACAUCGAUCGAAGAUUGCAAGCAGAGCUGUCGAGAAGAGCCGACCUGCAAAGGCAUCGAAUACAGCAGCGGACGUUGCGAAGUUUGGACGAAAGCUGAGGGAAUUCAGGCAGUAAAGUCACUUGGUGGCUUCACUUGCUUGAGGUACUCUAUCGCUGGCAUGUCGAGUACCACAACACCUGUGAUGACCACCACCACAACCACGACCGUGCCUACGACCAGCACUACCACCACCACAUCAACAACAACCAUGGCCACAACCACAACCACGACUCAGACGACCAUGGCACCGACGACCCUCGCGCCGACAACCACAACCGAGGCCAAAAACUGUCGUGGGAAGUAUGCGCAGUGUGGCGGCAAGAAUUACAACGGCGAGAAGUGCUGUAUCUACGGUUGGGACUGCAUCUUCGUGAACGAUUUCUACUCACAGUGCAAGCCGGGCCAGACACCAACUACAACUUUGGCGGUGGACUGUUCAGCUCCAGGCACGGAGCUUCGCGGUAAGUUCCAGCAGUGUGGGGGUCAGAGCUGGCAAGGCGCCAGGUGCUGUGAAUCUGGACUAUUCUGCAAGUUCGACAAUGACUUCUACUCGGACUGCAGGCCAAUCGAAGGCAGCACGGUCGCACCCAGCACCACAUCUGGCCCAACCUCGGCCACCACAAGCACCGCUACAACCACCACCACUACUGCUGCAACCACUCCUACCGGAACCACCACUCUUGCAACAACUACGGCCGCGCCCACCUCGACAACCGCCCAGAGCACCACAGCUGCCUCGACCAGCAACUCGCCGUGCCAGAAGGGCUAUGCUCAGUGUGGUGGAAGCAACUACCAGGGAAGCACUUGCUGCGAGGAUGGUUUCGUUUGCAAGGCCUCAACUGACUCCUAUUCGCAGUGCUUGCCAAACGUUACCACCACAGCCUACACGGGACCCAGCACUACCACCACACAGACGACCACCACUACACCGCCACCUACCACGACCACCACUGUCGGACCCACCACAACUGUUUCCACCACCACGGUCCAGUGCAAAAGGCGCUGGGACAAAUGCGGAGGUAUGAACUACGACGGGGCGACGUGCUGCGAACCCGGGUGGUGGUGUGUCUACGGUGGCCCAUACUACUCUCAGUGCAAGACCACCACGACAACAACGCCGUAUGCUCCUUCCCCAGCAGACCAGCGGGCAGAUGCACAGUUCCUGAUGCAGGGCUCCUUCGGGCCGACCCGUGCCAGUAUGACGGAGAUAGACGGCGUCGGCUACGAUGAGUGGAUCCACACUCAGAUCGCCCUCCCUGCCAGCCUGCACCGCGCAUUCUACCGACAGCGUGCCGCGCCACAGACUUCAGCUGACGGUGCACUGAAGAAGUGCUCUGUCGGGUCCAGGUGGCGCAGCACAGCCUUGUCCAUAGCAGAUGUGGGCAAGAACAUCUCCGUGCAGGCCGGGCAGCUGUCGGUGGCUGGGCGCUUGAGGACUGAGCUGAGCACCUCUUCCACCUGGGCGACAAUGAGCUACGAGGGUUACAUUUGUGAGUUGGCCAACAACGUGAUGCUGAGCCAGGAGGCCGAUUGCGCCAACACGCAAUCCCGGCAAAUGCCCCUUCCGUGGAGCUCUGCCCCAACUGCUACAGGUGCAACUUUCGAGGUCCUGAGGCCCGGCACCUUGGUGUUGAAAGAGGCCCAGGCGAACUGUCAGCUGACAGAUAUUAUCCAGUCAGAUGUGGAGAAUGCAGGCACUUUCUAUGUGCACGAGCCGCGUUUGGUGCUCGUGGAGAACACUUUGGAAGCCCCGGCCUCCUCCGAGACAUGGCUGGGUGGGCAGUGCCCUUCGGUGCCCCGAAGCUUCGUGAACGAAGCAAGCUGCAAGCUCUUACCUGGAUGUGCACCUUUGGAGAUGCGCGGUGUGCAGUUGGACCUGAAUGUGAGCACUUUGGAGAAGUUCUUUCAGGUUAGCGGGCGAUACGUCUAUGCCGUGACGGAUCUGUUGACCACAGAGCCUCCCUGUGGCGUGCAGCAGUCGAGGUGGAAACGCCUGGAUUGCAGCGCGGUGACUUGCACCGCCACGCCACUGAGCAGCAGCGACGCGUCCCUGAUGCGCGCGGCCUUGGCCGAGGAGGAGGGCUGGCUACGGGACGUCAACGUGGACUGUGCCAGCGUGCCUGCAGACGCGAUUGUCGAGGUCAACGGCGAGUUCUUCCAGCACGUGCACCCGCAGGAGUACAACGUCUACGACUUUACGAACUGGGUCUCCGAGCAUCCUGGCGGCCCGGACAAGAUCCGCCAGUGGACUAGCAAGGGCUUCAUCCUCAAGUACCCGCUUUCUCAUCCCAUGGGGCGAUGGGCGUCGACGAAGGCUUUGACAUACAUCCGCCCAAACUUCGUCGGCCGCUUCGGGGACUCCAUGAGCUUCCUCGGCUUGCCGCAGACUUUGCAGACCUUUCCCCUAGCCACGGCCUUCGGGGCCUUGGAGAGCUUCAACGGCUUUGCCGAAGUUUGCGGCUCUGCCGGAGAGGUAGCCAACGACUUGGAUCUGGGCCACCAGUAUUCUUUCCAUGUGCCCGAGCAUCCGGUGGACACGGGCUUUGACGUAGACUACGACACGCCGGCAGAGGUGCCGGAUCUAGGCCGGGCCUCCACCUGGACAAUGCUGGCACUCGAGGCCCCGGACCAGCUCCGCCAGCGCAUGGCCUGGGCCCUCGCCCAGAUCUUCGUCGCGGCACCGGACGAUGCGACGGCGCGACACACCGAGAUGUUUGUGAACUACUACGACAUUUUCGUCCGUCAUGCUUUUGGCAACUUCGGGGACAUCCUGCGUGAGGUGACCUACAGCCCCGUCAUGGGCGACUACCUCACCUACAAGAGGAACAGGGCCUUCGACAGCGAUGGGGCUUACCCGGAUGAGAACUAUGCCCGUGAGAUCAUGCAGCUUUUCACCAUUGGGCUGUGGCGCCUGAAUGCGGAUGGUUCGCGCAUGCUGGACAGUGAGGGCAAGCCUAUCCCUACAUACAGCAACGAAGACAUCAUGAACCUCGCGCGCGUCUUCACCGGGUUCGACGAGCAGGGAGCACGUGCCAACAUUGAGCACGUCGAGGGCAAGGUGAACGUGAUUGACCCCAUGCGCCUGCGCGCCGAGUGGCGAGAUGUGUACCCGAAGCCAGAUCUUUUGGGGGGUUAUCUUGGUGACGGGUACCCGCUUUGCAGGGAUCAGCCUGCCCAGGGCUUCUUGCGCCAAGGGGCCAAGUACCGCUUCGUGGGGCAUGCCCAUGAGGGCGAGGUCCUUGAGCUGUCCGCGGGCUCUGCACUGUACCGUGCACUCUGCGGAGGCACAGAUGCCUGCAGCCAUCAGCUUCUCAUCGAACUGACAGAGACAUUGUCAUGCACAGGCGCCGAAUGUCAGGCCCAGACGGCCGGUAUUGUCAAAGUGGGAGAUGGCUACUACGAGCACCUCUACGAUGCCUGUGUGGGGCUCUUCUUCUCCGAGGGCGAGGAGGUGCUCCUCUACCCAGAUGGCACCAUCGCAUCCAACCUGACCACCAAGUCAAGGCAGAAUCGUUUCGUGGCACGCUGGAUCCCCACCCUCCCAGACCUCUCUACUUGCCCUGCAGGCUGCAGGGCAGGCUAUGAGGUGUGUGCUUGUGCUGGGGCCCUGUCUGUCCAAGAUGGAUUGCACGUGGUCUCAGCCGGCGGCUUCGCGUUUCAGAACCCACCGGUCUUCAUGGACCGCGAGCACCCGCGGAAGCGUGACGCGGCCUUUGAGGUUGAGGCGCUACUGGAACACCUCGUGCACUACCCCAACACCCCGAUGUUCUUUGCCUACCGCAUCAUCCAGCGCUUCGUGACCUCAAACCCUAGCCCUGAGUAUGUGCUUGAAGUCAGCCAAGCCUUCCAAACAGGGGAGUACAACGGCCACACGUACUCUGGAAAGUAUGGUGACCUUGCGGCCACCAUCGCUGCGGUGCUUCUUUUCAGUGAGGCGCGCUCACAAACCAGCACCAGCAAUGGUGUCCUGCGCGAGCCCUACCUGAAGGUCAUCCAUUUCAUGCGAUCCAUGGAGUACCAGGAUGAGAAGGCCCGGCCGAUCAUCCUCCGUAACCUCAUUGAUACCAUCGGCCAGUACCCGUAUGCCUCGCCAACAGUCUUCAACUUCUACAUGCCCGAGUUCAGGCCCGACGGCUUCCCUGAUGGCUUGGUGGCGCCAGAAUUUCAGAUCUACACGGCCCCAAACGCUCUUGCCUUUGCCAAUGGCAUGCACUCACUCAUCAACGAGGGCCUCAGCAGCUGCGACUCCGGGUUUGGGGUGGAGGUGGCCGACUGCUCCGCCGGCACAAUGACCUUCCAGGAAAAGUCGGACAUGAGCGAAGCCCUGGCAGAGCUCGACCUGUUGCUCACGGGGGGCCGCUUGGAGUUCAGGGGAGUGGUGCAGGCUGCCUACCAACGUGACGGGUGGAAGGAUGCACAGAAGGUGAUGGUCCUCACCCCGGAGUUCAAUGCGCUGGGGAAUCCUAUGCCAGAAGGUGUGCGCCCUCCUUCCCCGCCUCCAAGCACCGGCGCGGCUUCCAGCUACAAGGCUGUGAUCAUGUUCAUGCUCAAGGGCGGCAUGGACAGCUUCAAUAUGCUGGUGCCGCUAAACUGCCCUCUGUACGACGAGUACCACGAUGUCCGCAAGAGCAUCGCCUUCCUUCCGGAGGAGAUGAAUCAAAUCAACUCCGCCACGCAGUCGUGCUCCCAGUUCGGCAUCCAUCCAAAGCUCCCUUUGUUCAAGGAGCUCUACGAUGAGCAAAGCCUGGCAUUCAUCAGUGAUAUUGGGGCCUUAGUGGAGCCGCUGACGCCGGAGAUGAUCGGGAAGGGCUGGAAUGCCAAGGGAGGCAGCGGGGAGACCUGCCAAGGCCUCUUCAGCCACAACGACCAGCAAAGAGCUGCUGAGACGCUGACAUGCCAGUACGGCAGCGCCGAGUUCAAGGGUGCCGGAGGGCGUAUGGCGGACGCAGUUGCCGCAGGGACUCAGAAGUACAACACCCAGUCCUUCUCUUUGAAGGGUUCUGCGACGUGGCCUCAGGGCUUCGACAUCCCAGGGGAGGUUCUGGGCUCGAACUCAGGCGGUGGUAGCUCCGCCUUCCCAGAGUACACGCGUUUACAGGACCUUGUCAAUAACAUCACGGGCACUCGUCACGGCAACGUCUACUGCGAGGAGUACGCACGACGUUUGGAGCAGGCCAUCAGCUUCAACCUUGGCCUGGAGAAGCAGCUGGAGAACGCGGAGCUGGCCACGGAGUACGAGGUGAAGGGCUGGCAGCCGCUGCGCCAGCAGUUCAAGCAGGCCGCUACGCUGAUCGCCGCGCGCGUGGACCGCCAGGCCGAGCGCGACUUCUUCUUCAUCGAGGACGGUGGCUGGGAUCACCACAAGGGUGUGGAGGGCCGCCUUGCUGGGAGGUUCGAGGAUGUGAACGAGGCGCUGGCAGAGUUUGUCGCCGAGCUCAAGGGGCAGAAUAUCUAUGACAGCGUUGUGAUUGUGACACACUCUGAUUUUGCGCGUACCCUCACGCCGAACAGCAAUGCGGGCACCGACCAUGGUUGGGCAGGCACCCACCUGGUGAUCUCUGGUGCCAUCAAGGGCGGCGAGAUCUACAACGAGUUCCCGCACCUGGCCGAAGGCUCGCCGAUGGACGCGGGCCGCGGUCGCUUGAUCCCCACGUACCCCUUGGAGAACAUGAUGGUCCCGGUCGCGGAGUGGAUGGGCAUGGAAUCAGGGCAGCGCUUGCAG